GUGGAAGAAGUUACCCGGAGCAAAAGGGAAGGCUGCCACGGCCGUAGCCCCCCGCGCCCGCCGCUGGUUGGUUGGCUGCCUGCCCGCCUUCCUCCCGCCUGGGGCGCCGCGCCUCCCCGCGAUCCGGUCACCGCCCUGCUCCCCCGCCGCGGCCGCGGCGGAGCACGAGACCACCGAUCGUCGGUGGCGGGAGGAGCUGUCCAAGUCUAGGUAGCCAUUGGCGAUUUGGUGCCGCGUGGAGAAAGGGGGAGGGGGAGGCGAGGCGGUGUCUUUACCGCCCGCGCGCCGGGCAUUAACUCCGGGCUGCGGACCCGGACCACCUACGCAGGCGGAUAAGCACGACACCAUGGGAGGACAGAGCUGACCUCGGCGCAGGGGCGGAGGAGGACGCCGCGACGGCGAGAUGGUGCGGGGCGGCGAGAAGCGGCAUUUCUUCCCGCUCACCAGCUUGCAAAUCGGGGAUUUACAGUCGUAUCUUGCAGAGCUGACAAUUUUUCUGUGCCCUCAUACCAAAAAGUUUCUCAUAUUGCUUGACAACCGCCCAUGGCUUCUAGAUCAGGAUACAAAACCUGCUCAUCUUUGGCAAUUGAUGGUUACUAAGUCAAGGCUUUCCCCUUUUGCGAACUCAAGGACUAGGAGAAAGAGAGAUGAAACUGAUGGAAAGCUUGUAUUCUCAACAAACCCAAUAUCUGCUCCCCAUUUGCGAAAUAAAUCGUCCAGAUGGUAUUCCUUGAUUGAUGAGGCCAUGCGGGAAAAGAGACUUCAAGUAAAUAAGUUGAAGGAUGCUCGCAUACUGAAUAGGGAGCUGCAUCAAACUUUAUAUGGUUUUAUCAUUUUUGAGGUAGACUGGGGUGACGUGCGUGGCAUCAAUUAUCUAAAUGAACUUCAGACCGAUACAUCUAUGGCUGUGGAGUCCAAAAUUAUGAAGAGAUGGGAAUUUGAUAGUGUCAAGCAGGCAUCAUCAUUGGUCACUUCUUGGUUCUCAGGAAAUCACUUUGAAUGUCAGCUCCUGCAAGAGUAUUUGGACAGCAUCUCUUCUAACGGUGAUGUAUUCUAUGAUGCUCAGAAUGAUUUCUUAACACCUGAAUGUGAGAAUUCACUGAGUGAUAGUGAUGAUUCUGGGCAUGUCCAAAUAUUCAGAAAGUCAUCAAGUUUCUUAGACUCAUCUUAUGCGCCACCUCCUUGCUCUGGGCCUUACAAGCGAAGAAAAAUAGCAAAAUUUGAUGAUGGAAGUAGUGUGCCUGAAGAAUCAUACUCAGAAAUUGUGACUUCGCCAAAAUAUUCGUCAUCGUCAUGUUCAUCAUGUGGCAGUGAUGAUGAAAGUGCUAAGCCUCUAUUAGAGCCUAGCACAUAUAAGGAUGUGCUGAUCUGCUUCCGCUUUGAUGAUCAUGACCUCCCAUUCGGACUGAAAGAAGUUAUACUGUCUGACGUGAGAUUGUUAACAUUACUCGAGUAUGGCCUUCCUUCAUGGGUUAUAUUUCUUCAGUCAUAUCCAGUGUUUUGCAAGAUAUACCGCCCGUGGAUGUGCCCUCUUGCCAGAGCAUUAUAUGUCUUGAUGUCAUUAAUCACUGUUCUUAUAGGAUUUUAUGACCUCUACAAGAAUGUCCCCAUGUUGAAGGCAACUGCAUCAAGAUUGUUUGGCCCUUUCUUUGAUUGGAUAGAAACAUGGGAAAUGAUAUCAAGACUUAAGUAUCUAGGAACUAUGCUUUUCCUGCAUAACUUCCAGCAGGCUUUUACAUGGUCUCUUAAAAUUGUCCGUUCUGUUAAGUCUGCUUUUAGUGUUUUGACAAAGCCAAUUGCGGGACCUAUUAUGGAGGUUCUUGAAUUUACUUUGCCAAUGUGGAACCUUUGUGCUGAGACGGUAGGAUAUUUGGGCUCAGUUGUCAUGGUAUCACUGGAGACGUCUUGUAGUGUAGUUUUUGGUACAAUGCAGAUGAUCAUCUGGCCAUUUUGGUGCGUCUUCAGUACUGCAGUUACCAUUGUAAAUGCAGUUCUGUACCCUGUAAUUUGGUUCCUUGGAGAGAUACUAGCAGCACCUUUCCGACUAGUGCUUGGGCUAUCAAGCUUCGUUGUGGACCUUUUUGUUGAUAUUGUCAGUGUUCUAAGGCAGAGCUGGUCAACAUUAAGUGCACUAUAUCAAGCAGGAUCUGUACCCAGAUCAGCUGUUCUUACAUCAGAUAACAGCAUCUGGGAAUCACUCUGGAAAGAUCUUCUGUAUCAGAUUUUUCGAGCAAUACGGAGCAUUUUAUAUGGUUUUGUUGCCUUCUUUUCAACAUGUAAUAGGCACCGGCUCAGCAUUUACAAUCACAUUCAGGUGUUUCUCCAGCGCCUCUCUCGUGUCUCAACUAGAGUACCAUAUGCCACCUACCGUGAAGGAGCUCGGAAGUAUAGUAGCCAGAAUCAUCCUAGAAGGAAGACUAAAACGAGAUAACAGUGGAAUUGACCGCUUAACAAACUAACUCAGGGAAAAUCCUCCAGAGGCAAAGAGAAAACAAUGUAAGCUGGACAUAAUAUGGAGAGAGAACAAUAAGUAACUGAGUUUAUCAGGGCCUUAGGAAAACAUAAAAGCCUUUGAAGAGUCAAAUUCAGAAGUUGUGCUAACGCUGAAAGUUCCGUAACAUAGCUCUAACCCACAGUUUCCUUGUGUACAAAGUACCGGCAAAGCAGUGAAUCAAAAAACUGCAAAAUGUACAUACGCAGAUCACCUUACUGCUUUUCGUUGUAAUAGGUUGUAUAAUAGGCUUGUGCAUAUCCUUCUGUAAUCUUCAUGUGAACAGCAAUUUUUUAUAGUCUUUGAGUAUCUGUUCAGUGUUAAGUUUCCUAA